UAGACUAAACCGCACUGUGGAUUUGGAUUCCCUGUUAGCGAUGAGGAAUGGGGAUAUCUUGGAGUCGCAACUGCUGUUGCCAGAGGUCAUACUGGAAGAGGCGAUAGAUAGAAGAAGGAUGGACACUAACGAUAGGUUGGUGCAGCAGGCAGUUAGGAAAACGUCUUAACAGUCAAGCUACUCCUUUGGAGGGGAGACAACAGCAAAUAUCUCGGAAGAAGACAGUGAGACAUAACAUCCCUAAUAGAGCCACAAGACCCUCUUCCCCAAAGAGGCUAACUCAUCGGCCCUUUCUCAAUAGAAACAACAGAGGGAGGGGGAGUAGGGGAAGAGGGCGAGGCUCAAGAAGAUAGGAUGGGCGCCUCUCAUCACUCGGCCACACCAGUGGGGGGUUGCCUGGCAAAUCACUGGAAGGUGUGGCAAGAACUAGGGGCAGAGCAGUGGGUGGUGGAUGUUCUCAGGAUCGGGUAUUUGAUUCCGUUCGAGGUAACCCCGCCCCUGACAGAUCAACCAUUACCCCACGUCACUUAUGCCCACAAAUCUCAGAAGGCCACUAUUCUGCAGGACGAAGUGAAGAAGAUGAUGGAAAAAGGAGCUGUGCAACAAGUAUGCAGUCCGACAAAAGGCUUCUACAGCAGGAUUUUCCUGGUACCCAAAGCCAACGGGGAGUGGAGGACAGUAAUAGACCUGUCAACGCUGAAUCUGUUUAUAAGGAAAACCAGUUUCAAGAUGGAAACUCCGAAAACGGUUCUACAAGCAGUCAGAAUCGGAGACUUUAUGCUGACAGUCGAUCUAAAGGACGCAUACUUUCAGAUACCAGUCCAUCAGUCUUCAAGGAAAUUUCUCCGCUUCAGUCUUGCAGGGAAAGCUUUCGAGUUCAAGGUCCUGUGCUUCGGAUUGACAACGUCUCCUCAAGUUUUUACAAGAGUGUUCACCCUCGUGUCGGCGUGGGCGCAUGCUCAGGGGAUCAGGCUAAUAAGAUAUCUGGACGAUUGGCUGGUGAUAGCAAAGUCCAGGGAGAAAUUACUCAGGGACAGGGCGGCCCUCCUGCAGCUUUGUCACAGCCUAGGUAUUGUGGUGAAUCAGCAGAAGUCGCAGCUGGUUCCAAGUCAACGUUUGGAAUAUCUGGGAAUGGUGAUAGACACAACACAAGCCAAAGUAUUCCCGACAGACCAAAGAGUAGAGAAAUGCAAACAAGUGGUGAAUGCCUUUCUGGGAAAGCAGACACAGCCAGCAAGACAGUGGCAGGUGGUGCUGGGAAUCCUAACCUCCCUGGAGAAGCUAGUACCACAAGGAAGGCUACACCUUCGGUCCCUACAAUGGAGGAUGAAGGAGUUUUGGUCACCAACAGUAGAUCACCCGUACGAGCAAAUUCCCUUGUCGGCAGAAGUGAGGAAAGACUUGCUGUGGUGGGUGGACGACGACAAUCUGACAGUGGGUGUCCCCCUUCAACAAUCCUCCCCAGACCUCUUGCUGUCUCGGAUGCGUCACUAGAAGGCUGGGGAGCCCAUAUGGAGGAGUUGAUGGUGUCAGCAAAAUGGAGUUGCAAGGACAGAGAACUCCAUAUAAACGUGCUGGAGUUGGAAAGCAGCUUUCCUGGCUCUACAAGAAUUCAGGGAGAGAGUAAAGGGACACUCAGUGGUAUUGAUGUCAGGACAACACCACAGUAGUAGCUUAUAUAAACAAGCAAGGAGGCCUAGUUUCUCGGCAGUUACAUGUGAUGACAGUUCAACUUCACCAGUGGGCUAUAGAGAACCUGGUAGACAUCAAGGCCAGGUAUAUUCCGGGAAAAAGAAACAUAGUGGCCGACAAGUUGAGCCGCAGGGAUCAGAUUCUGGGAACGGAGUGGUCCCUACACCAACAGGUAGUGGACAGGAUGCUCAUGUUGUGGGAAGGACCGAUCAUAGACCUAUUCGCAACCAGGUACAACAAAAAGUUGGAAGUGUAGUGUUCUGUAGUCCCGGACGCAGAGGCAGUAGCAGAAGAUGCGCUACAACACCCCUGGGACAAUCUGGACGUGUACGCAUUUCCUCCAUUUUGUCUAAUCCGUCAGGUUCUGAACAGGGUAAUGCGGUCUCAGAACCUCAAGAUGACCCUGGUAGCCCCGUUAUGGCCGAAAGCAGAGUGGUUUCCAGACCUACUGGAACUCCUAGUAGAUGUGCCAAGAGAGUUACCUCCAUGGAGCAACCUUCUGUGUCAGCCUCACGUGGAGAGGUACCACCAGUCGGUGAAGUCCCUAUCACUUCACGGGUGGAGACUGUCAAGUAUCUCCUCCGAGAGCGAGGGUUUUCGCAGAAAGCAGCAACUCAGAUGGCAGGUAAUAUCAGAAAAUCAUCUGCGACAGUAUACCAAGGGAAGUGGUCAGCAUACUGUGAUUGGUGUCGUAGAGGGAACGUGUCUCCACUCGGUACCACUAUUCAGCAGUUAGCAGACUUUCUGAUAUAUCUCAGAACAGAAAAACAUAUGUCUGUAUCUGCAGUGAAGGGGUACAGGGCUGCUCUAGCCUCAGUCUUACGAAUGAAAGGAGUGGACAUAUCGUCUUCAUGGGGAGUUGGCAUGCUGAUGAGGAGCUUUGAACAGUCAUGCCCACCAAAGGAGCUAAAAGCCCCAGAUUGGGAUCUGACCAAGGUACUGAGUAGUCUGACAAAACCCCCCUACGAACCACUAAGGCAGUCCACGGAUAGGAGCCUGACCCUGAAGACAGUCUUCUUAUUGGCCCUGGCUUCACCAAAAGGGUGGGGGAGCUACAUGGCCUCUCAUAUCUCAUAAAGCACUCGAGAGGUUGGAGAUCAAUGGUGUGUGAGUUUGUCCCAGAAUUCGUGGCAAAGACCCAAAAUCCAACAAUAGUAGACGGCAGAUUCGACUCCUUUACCAUACCUUCCUUGGCAGACUUUGUAGACAACGACAAAGCUGAAAUGCUCCUGUGCCCUGUCAGGGCACUAAGGGAGUACUUAAAGAGAACAAGGCACCUCAGGCCGGGGUGCCAGAGGUUGUUCGUAAGUACAGGACGGAACAAGAAGGAAGUGUCUAAGAAUACAAUAUCAUUUUGGCUAAGGGAGACGAUCAGAGAUGCUUAUACUGCGGAAGACAGAGGGUCAGAUAGCCAGGUGGGAGCUAGAGCUCAUGACAUCAGGGGUGUGAGUGCUUCCCUUGCAUUUAAGAAGAACAUGUCUGUGGAUAAAAUUCUGAAAGCUGGCGUGUGGAAGCGCCAAACAACUUUCACCUCAUUUUAUUUGAAAGAUGUUGCCCAUAGAUCCUUGGACAACUUUUCCUUGGGUCCAGUGGUGGCGGCCCAACAAGUGAUAUAGUUCAUCCAGUGCCCCUGGCGGGUCAGUUUUGCGUCUAGUCUAAGAUGAAGGUAUGAAAGUAGAAUGAAUGGGAUGACUGGUCUUUUUUCUUUACUACUUUCUUCCUACUCCUUUAACUACGGGCAAUAUGAAGGAGAGUACCGUCAUGUGCUGGAACGGACUAGAUGCAGGUGAGAUGGUCAGCCAUACUGUGAAGCUAUCUUAGCUGAUGAUAUACUUUUCAGUAGCAACACACCCCUCUGGAUAAUAAGGAAAAGAGGGGUGAAGGUGGAUCCAGUCGCAAGGGACAAGAGUAAACAGUAGAAUGGUAUCUACACCCAGUGGGAGGAAACCAAUAGAUCCGCUUAUAUCUUUGGUCCUAGGUUCAUUGUCCAUUCUCUAGAAUUUCCCUAUAUAUUCGGAAAUGGAUAAGGUGGCAAACUCCCAGUCAGUUGUAGAGACUUACCUCCCUCCAAUAGUAAGUCUAUCCUAAUGUUAAGACCGAAGGUUUGUUUCGUGUAUGAACAAAAUACCAAAUUUGUAACUAAUUUUUAUUUUUCAUAACUAACAAACCUGAGGUCUUAACAGUUAAAGGCCCACCUCGAACCACCCCUCUAGCAGUCUAAACUGGGUUAGAAAUAUAACUGAUGGGUCACAGGUAGCCGUGGGCAUUCUGGGUAUACAUGCCCCGUGACCUGGUAUAGAUGCCAUUAGUCCCUGGAUCUCACAAGUGUAAUUUUCAU